AUGAAUGUAGCUGGUGAGCUGACUGCACAACAAACAUUCACUGUCAACCCAUAUGUCUAUGUAGACAGUGUCAGUCCUCUGAUGUUCCCAUUCACCGGUGGCAAACUUACAAUCACCGGAUCAUUCUUGGGCAAUAGUACAUACACCUCUAGUGUCACACUUGGCAAUGGAGAGGACAACAGAGACUGUGGAUCACACAUCUACUCUGAUGAUCAGACCAAACUCAUAUGCACUCCCGCAUCAUUCUUUGAGGACUCUGAAGUAAGCGUCAGUGUCUAUCAACCAAACUACAACAUCAUUUCAUCAGCCUACUCAAUUAACUUCAGGAGAUUUGAAAUUACAUCUCAUCAACAGAAUGAAAGACUGGUAACACUAAAUGGACAGUACUUUGAUUUGUAUCCUUCUAUUAUGCUUGCAGCUGGAGGUGGUAGUACCAACAAUGUGUCGUGCACCAACAUCACAUGUCAGUUUACCAUUACACAUGAUAUGACUGCCAAUGGCACCCUCAUGAUGGUUGACCUAACUCCAGGAUCAACAGCCUCAUUCACUUAUGAGAUACAAUGGAUACCAUUGAUUCUAUCAUUCCAGACUAUAUUCCCAUCUGAUGAUCCAUAUUAUACGGACACUUUGAAGAUUUGGACUCAGAUGAUUGAGACGGCACAGACAGUGGACAUUACUUUUAAUUCUAUUAAGGGUGAUCCAACUGCUCCAUUCAAUGUCCCUUAUGGCAAUCCUAUAAGUAUAACAUUGCCAGACCUUGUUGGAGAGAUAGUUAUUGAUCUUGCCAACCAGGGUUUAGCCACCUCAUUCAACUAUACAUACCUAGCACCAAGGAUUGACACUGUCUAUCCUGAGACAAUUGACGAGGUUGCCUAUGUUGGUGUGUUAGGCAAGUACCUCGCUCAACCAAGAGUCGGUGACAAUCCAAGUCGUGACUCUGAGUUGAAUCCCAAGAUUGGUGGUAUCGUAUCCAAAGAGUUCCAACUCUCUGGUCACUGGAACUAUACCUACGUCCGAACAAUGUUACCAAACGACACCAGAUCAGGCCUAAUGACUCUCACCAUAGGAGGACAGGUCAGUCAGAAGUUUGUUACCAUAAGACCCGAGAUCAAGGGUGUAACAUCACCACCAACUGCUGGAGGAGUUGUUACCAUCACUGGAUACUAUUUGGCACCAAUGUCAUAUAACAACACGAGUGUGUUGAACAUCACUGUCAGCGGCAAAGAGUGCAGGAAUAUAACAAUGAUUGGUGAUCUAUCAAGUGUACCAUACUACACUUUGACUUGUGUUGCGGUUGCAGGCAGUGGAAAUACAACAGCAGUGUUUAAUGAUCAGGAUAUCUGGAAGAUGCAAUAUCAAUCACCAUCCAUCGACUCUGUCACAUCAACUGUCAAGGGAAAGGCUGGCAAUGUUACCAUCACAGGAUCAAACUUUGCCGAUGUCAGCCAGAUCACCGUCACAAUUGGAUCCAACCCAUGCUCUAUACCCACGGUCAACGACAACUUCACUCAGAUCACUUGUCAGUUUUCGUCCGAUGUUGAGCCACCUUCAUCACUUCUCUGGCGCCAGCUGUUUGCUUCAACCCCAACUACCAAAGACGUGUCGCUCCCAGUGACCGUGACAGUGAACGGAGUGUCAACGACUCAAUCAAAGUUCAUCUACAGUGUGAACAAGGAUGUUUGUGAUAGUCCAUGUGGUGAGCAUGGCACAUGCGUCAAUGGUGAAUGUCAGUGUCAAUCAGGAUUCACUGGCAUCACAUGUUCUAUGGCCAUGGACACGAAUGAUGCAGUUGAUGUCCCAGUGCCCUUGAACAACUCGACAGACAUGGUGUUGGGCUCCAAGGCCAAGAGUGUCCAGUUCAACAUAUCCAUCGCCGGCAUCAAUGAGAGGACUUCCACAGGUGACCUGGCCAAGUCAAUCAACAUGACCAACAUAUCUUGGAACAUGAUCAGCAGCACCAACGAUGACAAAGGCAAUGUACACAGGAUAUACAACACAUCAUUGGAGGGUGCUCCCGGAUUCGAGUUGAUUGCCGAGAUGACAGUGUUCACGGACAACCAACAAUAUGACUUUGAAGGCGACCAGUUCCAAGUGACCAAGAGCUCGAUCAAGUACAAGAUCACACUCAACAAGUGGCCGUUCGCAGCAUUGACCAACUACCUUGAGGUGCAAUUCCAGUCGGUGGCAGGACCACAACCAACAUGUGAUGGAGCAGAGGUCAAUGCCAAGGUCGGAAGCACGACCACCAACAAGAAGGACUCACUUCGUCUCAUGGAGAUCCAGCAAGGCACAGGUCUACUGCGUGCAUUCUAUUCCGAUCGUCUAUUAGUCGAUGGUCGUGUGUCCUACAGUCAAGUGUCAUACAGUCAGCCUGACAACUCAUCAACAUUGAUUGUGAUCACUUCACUGAGCAUCCCACAAUUCAAUCAGAGUGCAGUGAUUGAUCCAAACUAUGCAUCUCUAUUGGUUGUGAAUGAAGAGUUGCCAACAUGUCAGCAGACAUCAUCAUCGAGGAAAUGGGUGAUACCAGUGAUCGUUGUAUGUUCAAUAAUUGGAGUUGCAUUGUUGGUCAUCACUGGAGUGUUGAUCGCCAAGCGUAACAGACUCAGACUAUUGAUGGCUGGUGUGAAGCUGCGACAAAUGUCCAGAAGGAGUAGUAAUAAAUAUUAA